GAUGGGUUGUAGUGAAAACAUAAGUUAAGGCGAAUUUCCCAUACCAUGUAAAGUGUUUCGUACGUACGUGUGUGCGUGUGUAUGCGUGCGUGUUGUGCUACAGAACAGCAGUUACGUAUUCUGGGCAAAACUGCCUACUGUGUGCGUGUGUUAUUAUUCUUGCCGUUGCUGGUAGCUCUUGCUUUUGCAGCCAUUGCUGCGUUUGCUGAACUGGCGGUGGAAAAAUCGAAAUGUAAUUGUGAGCAAAUAGAGCAUUGAAUUUGCAUAAAGUCGGAGAGUCGCGCGACGUCAAAUUAGUGCGGUGUUAAAAUCGUGCUCGAAACAAUUAUCACCUUCCGUACGGCAAUAAGUGUUUCGCGAAGGAAAAGAUAUUCCGGUCCCUCUCCUGAAUGCUGACCAGACAGUUGACACAGACACACACAACUAAACACGCGCGCGCUCCAACACUGAACUCCCGUGCAUGCGCGCGCGUAUGUGUGAGUGGAGCACAUCCGAGGCAGCAGUUCGGACACACAGCACAGAGCAGCAGGCCGUGUGAGAUGAAACGGCACAGCUCUCAUACACUCCUCACAUGGACACUGGGCGAGUGAGUUGGUUCUUUCCGUUUUCUCGUGUCGGUGCGUCGGUCGUGUGUCGUGUCCCCUUCACUGACCCGUGGGUGCUUUGUAGUGUGUGUCCCGUGUGUGGCAGCGCCAACAUUUGACAAUUUCCAGUUUUCGAAAUUGAAUUUUCUCUUCACUCCCCAUUCGACGGUGUGCGUGUGUGUGUGUUUGUCUCGUAUAUCCAUAGCGAGUGAGUGAACAGUGUGUGUGUGUGUGUGUGUUUGCGUGUUCACAGAGGUGUUGCUGGUGUGUGUGUUGUGUUCGUAUACGGUAAAUGUGAGCGUGUGCUUAAGUGUGUGCUCUAUAGUGACCACAGCAGAGCGAAAGAGAGUGUGUGAGAAGGAGAGAGAGUAACACAAUAACCCCGAUUGCUCACACGUGUGUGCAAUUUGUGUGUGUGUGUGUGUGCGCCCGCGUACGGUUGUGUGUGGUGUUGUCCCGCCUGGGGAGUGUACACGUGUGCAAUACACACAAACCCAUCCCCGGCUUAACAGGGAGAGGGGGGUUGCCGCUGAUGUACAGCAAACCUAAGUGUGUGUGUGUGUGCGAGAGUGUGAGUGAGACAGUGGAAUAACACACAGGAAGAAAACCAUUUCGACCACGUUCGAACAGUCUCGAGCGUUUUAUCGGCCGCAGGUCCGUUUUCUUUCCCCCAACCGAGAACAACAGAAAUACACACACAGAAACACACGUGCACAAACCACACGGUUGUGUUGUGCAUUUCGGGCUGUUUUUUUGUCCGCUGUGUUGUUGUUGUUGUUGUUGUUAUUGCUGUUUGCUGUUUUUCACGGUGUGGCGCGUUGGCGAAAAGUGUACAACUACACGCCGGAAGAAGCUGUGUGAUUUACCCGCGGAGGGCUUGAGGCAAGAAGUUUUCGAGACAGUUUGUACUGGGUGGAGCGAGGGAAAUUCGCAAAAAAAAUUUGCCGCCGCCCCCAUCCAGCCCUGCUCGAACACGCACUCCUCCCCAUCCACAAUAACGACGUUCAGCACGGAGCGACGACGGCGCCUUUGACGGCGACCGUUUAACUCGCCCUUCACAGCAACCAACACCCCCCCCCCCCCCGCCCACCCACUUGUGGGUUGCGGGUUUGUGGGCAACGAAGCGGUAAAUCGCCUGCCGAAAAAGAAAUAUGGAUACUGGCUACGUGCUGAUGAAUGGUGUCGACAACACAACAGGCUUACUGUCCACAAACGCUUCGAGCGCGGUUUACUCUGCCCCCGGCGUGGGAGCGGUCUCGGUCGCCACAGUCAUCACACCGACAGCAGCAGCGGCAAGCACAAUCAUAACCAGCGGAAUGUCCAGCAUGACGAUCGUAGCACAGCAGCAGCCCGCACCACCAGCCGCUCCUCAAGCGGUGGACUACAGUGCCCUGAACGGAACCGCUGCUGCGAACGAAGCAUCGACGGCUGCUUCCAACGCCGCCGCCGCCACACAGGAGUACUACACGGACGGCGGCACCUCGCCUGCUACGACGGCGCCCGUUACCAACGCUGCAAUAAUAGCCACGGCCAACACUAGUAAUAAUAGUUAUAGCACUCCUGCCCUCGUCAGUAGCCAUCCGCCGAGCAGCAGCAGCAGCAGCAACAAUAAUGGCGUCAGCAGCAGCAGCAUCAUCACCGACGGUGCGGCAGCCAUCACGGCCGCCACCGACGUCGGAAAGGUGAUGCUGAUGGACGGCGGGAUGGUGGGGCCGCCAGUAGCGAACAGUGGCGGCGGUAACAUCGUCGUUUCCAGUGAUAACAACAAUCCUACUAGUAGCAGUAGUAGUACCGAACACAACGGGAUGCCUUUAGAGCAGCUGAAGCAGCUGCUACAAACACAGCUUGAUUACUAUUUUUCGCGAGAAAACCUUGCGAACGACACAUAUCUCCUGACACAAAUGGACAACGAUCAGUACGUGCCAAUCUGGACAAUUGCGAACUUCAAUCAGGUGAAGAAGCUUACCAAGGACAUCAAGCUGAUAACGGAGGUGCUGCGUGAGUCCCCGAACGUGCAGGUGGACGAGGAUGGCCUAAAGGUGCGCCCGAACCACAAGCGGUGCAUCGUGAUAUUGCGUGAAAUAUCGGACAACACGCCGGUCGAGGACGUUAAGAAUAUUUUCCAAGGCGAAAACUGUCCGCGCUUCAUUUCCUGCGAAUUUGCCCACAACAACUCGUGGUACAUUACGUUCGAGUCGGACGAAGACGCCCAGCGAGCGUUCCGGUAUUUGCGCGAGGAGGUGAAAGAAUUCCAGGGUAAACCAAUCAUGGCGCGAAUAAAGGCCAAACCAAUGAACCGGCUACCGAUCACACCGGUAGGCGGUGUGCCGAUGAAAAAUGGACUGAACGGUUUCCGGACGACGCCGCCGCCGGGUUCGGCCGUGGCGGCGGGCGCCGCUGUCGGUGGUGUCAUACCGCCGUCGGCAGCUUCGGCCACAGCCGCCGCGGCAGCAGCGGCAGCCGCGGCCGCCGCUGCAAUGGGCGGCGUAACGACCGCAGCGUACGACCCGGUACAGACGGCGCCCCUGAAUGCGGCCACCAUUGCGACCUACCCGAAUGGCCAGCGGUACAUACUGCAGCACAAUGCACCGUUGCCGCAGGGCUACAACACGGCCGUGCACAUGUUUCCAUUCCAGCAGCAGCCACUGUACGGCGGCUUCGUGCCAUCGUGGCAGCCAGCUCAGGGCAACUAUUUCGAGAUGAGCCCGUACCUAACGAAUGGCAUGCAGCCGGUGACGGUUUAUCCGGCCAGCGGUGGUGCUGGCGGAACGGCGACAGGUGCUGGUGGUGGUGCGGCUGGCGGUGGCAAACAGCAGAACGGCCGGUACGGUGGAGUGCCGGGCGGUGGCGGUGGCCACCGGCAGAAUCCUCGCAACAAACGCCAAUCGCAGCAGCAGCAGCAGCACGGAGGUGGAGGAGCAAGUAGCGAUGGUCAGUCGGUUACAACGAACAGCGGUGUCGCCGGUUCAACCGGUAUGCACCGGCAGCAGCAGCAGCAGUCGUCGGGCGGCGGCUACCAGGCGCAAAGCGCAGGUAGUGCCGGCGGUGGCGCUGCCACUGGGGCCGCCGGCGUCCAGUCGCAGGUCGCCAGCACGUACCAGGCAAGCGCGGCGGGCGGCGGUGGCAAAAGUGCCGGCCUGCUCGGUGGCAAACCUUCCACGGCCGCCGGCACGACGGCAACAGGUGCUGCCGGUAUGGUGUACCUUCCCCAGUACACCCACUACCUGGCUGCCGCACCACUGCAACAUCAGCAGCAGCAGCAGCAGCAACAGCAACUUUACAGUGGCCAACAGCAGCAGCAAACGGACGGUGGAGCGAUGGAGCUCGUUGUACGGCAGGGUAUGCAGCAGCAGCAGCACGUGUACGAGGACGAAACCGGUGCCAACAACGUGCUGGUAGUGCCCGCCUACACGACGGCCGGUGGCGGACGCAAAAACUCCAGCACAAACGCGUCGAGCGCGACGAUCAUGUCGCUGGACGCCACCCAGCAGCCGUGGGUGCCGAACCAGCCGCGGCGGAACCCGCGCCGACGGAAGGACGAGAUGAUGAUGCCGAUGGACGGCGGUGUUGCUGGGGCCGCGGCCGGCGGCAGCAUGUACGGCAGCAUGCGGCACGGUACGAUCUACAGCGGCAGUAGCAGUAACGCUAACAACGGUAGCAGCAGCAGCAGCAGCAACAACGGCGCAGCCAGUGUGAAUAAUACCAGUAGCAAUAAGGUUAUCAUGCAUACAACUAGUCUCAACCAAUUGGCGCCUUCCACCGGUGGAGGAGGAGGAGGAGGUAGCGGGGGCGGUAAAUACCAGGGCCGCGGGGACCGUGGGCGCGGUGGUGAUAAUAAUGGAUACGCCGGCGGUCUCAUCGCGUCGGAGCAUCACGGUGGCGGUGGAUACCACUCGCAACAAGGGCACCAUCGGAAUGCGGUAGCAGCACCGUCUGGCGGUGGUUUGCUCGAUUCCAGUUCUUCCUUUCAGCAGCACGGUGCAGCAGGCGGUGGACACAGUAAGCAGCAGCAGCUGCAGGAUAUGAUGCACCACACCCAGCAGCAGCAGCAGUACCAUUCGCAUCCAAUGAGUCAGCAACCUCACCUAGGCCAUCAUCAGCAAUCGCAGCAGCACCACCAUUCGUCCUCCUCCUCGGGUGCGAACAAUCACCAAACGCAGCAACACAGCAACACCAGUACCAAUCCUCACGGCCAUCAUAAUCAGCAGGGAGCGGCGGGACAGCAGUCCCAGCCGCACCAGCAGCAACACCAUGUGUUGCAGCAGUCCUCCCAUCAGCUGCACACGGCGCAGCACCAAUCGCAGGGCUCCGGGUCGCACCAUCACCAUCAUAACCAGCAGCAGCAGCAGCAGCAUCACCACUACCACCAGCAGCAGCACCAUCAGCAAGCGAUCGUCGCCCCAGGUGGAUCGUCGAACGCUGGAGGCGGUGGUGCUAGUAGCGCAGCCAGCAACGGGGGCGGCAGUACGGCCGCCAGCUCCAACAGUGCCACCACCACCAACAGCAACAACAGCUCCAGCACCACCACCAGCAGCAGCAACAGUACCAGUGUUCAGUUCGAUCUCGAACCAGCGGCAUUUCCGCCCCUUCCGGGCCACGAGGGACGCAGCCUCAUCACGACCGGGACCGGCGGGUCGGCCGGUGGUUCCGCCAGUGGAAACGCCAGUGCGGGCCGCUCCGGCUCGAAAGGGGGUAAUGCUUCCGCGGCCGCCGCCGCCGCCACCUACGGCCAAGCAGCGCAGCAGCAUCUUCCGCCCGGUGGCGGUGCUGUAGGCAAUGCUUCCGGAACCAGUGCCAGCAGCUCCACGUCUUCAACCAUCGCCCAUCGGAGUGAUGCGUCGGAUGGCGGAGGCGGAGGACUCGCGUCCAGCAGUGCCGCGGCAGCCGGUGGUGCGUCGACCGGUCUGCUAUCGGGUCCGGUCGCCGCCGCACCACCGCCCGUCGUUUCGGCCUGGGGCGAAAACCAUCGGCUGGCGGACGUCGUCAAGGGUACGGCCAAGGGCGUACGGGCACCGGGUGCGGCGACGGUGGCGGCCAUCGUGGCCGGCACGGCGACGGUGCCGGUCGUUUCCGCCAACAGCAGCAGCAACGAGCUUAGCCUGGGCGGCAAGAGCGCGACGGAACCGAAAGCGGCCACCAACGAAUCCGGUCCAACGAACAGCAAUGGCGCUUCCGGUGCAUCGGGAACCAGUAACCAGCAGCAGCAGAAUAAUCAUCUACCUGUGAUAAAAGGCAGCACAAAUGCCGCAACGAGUGGAGGCAGUCAAACUGCGUCCACGCUUUCCUCCUCCUCCUCCCACUCCUCCGCCUCGACCGGUACGACACAUUCGUCGGUCGCUGCCGCCAACAGCGCUGCUCCGGUAUCGACCGGCACCAGUACGGCCGAUAAAUCUACCAAGACUGACGUAUCGUUGUUGCAAAUGGCGGCCCCGCCUGCCACCGCUGCGCCGACGACCACCACCUCCCGGGCCACCUCCACCGCGACGCUCGAGAGUGCGGCGUCGGUAGUGAAGGGCGAGGCGGCCGCCUCCGCUCCUCCACCCACGACGGCCAACGCGGCAACGAUGACCUCGACUGAUUUCACUACCAAAUCUUCUUCCUCCGGUACUGCCGCCGCCGCCGCCACCCCAUCCGUCACUUCUGCUGGUGGUAGUGGUGCGGCGAAAAAGUCGUCGACAUCGACCCCCGCCGCCACAAACACUACCGCCACCUCCACCAGCCACGCUAACACUUCCUCUGCCGGUAGCAGUAAAUCGUCCACCUCGGCGGCGGCGGCGGCACCACCGCCCCCACCACCAACCUUCUCGCUGCAGAACCAUCCACCGUUGGUUCCGCACGACAGUACUGCGGCGACAGCCACCGUGCCCGCCGCCACCCCUCAGGUACGGCUGAGCUACGCCCAGGUAGCGCAGCAUCUGGCCGAACAAAGCAAGGACAGCAAGGAGCAGGCGUCGUCGCUUCCGUCCCACAAUCAUCAUCACGGUAGCGAUAAGCUGACCGGCUCUGCCAUGGGUACCACUACCACCGCCGCCAGCAGCUCCUCCGCUUCGUCGGUCGGUGGUGGUGGUGUGGUGGAGAAAGAGAACAGUAAUGCAUUAGCAGGAUCGUCGGAGAGCAACGGCUCGACGGCUGUAGCAGCUUCAACUGCCACCACUGGAGCUACCGUCGCGCACGGUACUGCCGGUGGUAGCGCUGCCGCAGGGACCGGCAACAACAACAACAACAACACCGGUGGAUUCAUUGGCGUUAGCAGCAAGCGGAAGGAUUCGGGCUCCGGUGGCAGGAGCUCAACUGGUGGCACCACAGCGCACCACCACCAUGGUGAUGGUUUCCGAGAACAACGAGAUACGCGCUACAAUCAGCAACACGGUGCCAGUGGAAACACCAAUGCACGCAACUCCAAAGAUUACCGUCAGUCUUCCGGUGGUGCUGGCGGCGGCGGCGGCGGCCACACCAAUGCCAUCGGCUCUGCUUCCCUCCAUUCCGGUGCCGGCGGGCUGCGCAAUGCCGCACCAGAGCAAAACAACAACAAUCACGCGCAUCACCAAGGAGGAGGAGGAGGAGGUGGAGGUAGAAGUACCGGAAACUCGGGCAACAGUGGCAAUAACAAUAAUCACCACAGUAAUAACAACAGUGCUGGUGGAGGCGCACCAAAGUCUGGCGGUGCCCGAUCGGUGCGCAAGGACUACCAAUCGCACCAGCAGCAGCCACAGCAGCAGCAGGCCCACCAGACACACCCGCGCAGUCCCAAAUGAUGGCGCUUAAUAUGGAUCUAAUAUGUGUGCGACACACCGAAUGACUUUCUCUUCAUUACACCUACUCUACGACCUACCAGAAUGCGGCGGAGCACGUGCGAAUUAUGAAUCAGCCCUUUGCUUGCCGCUGCCACCGCCCCUCCCCAGUACAUUGUGUUUUAGUGUAUGCACUUAAAAUAUAAUGGCUUUUCGCGAGCCGGUGGCUUAGGCGGCUAGUAUAUAUGCUCGGGCGAAUGCGGCGAAGCACAGUAGCAAUAUACAGCGUUUGUGUGUAUUGCGAGGAUAAUGCAUAAUUCCGUGGGAUGCAUGGGAAAACAGAGAAAGAGAGAGCGAGAGCGAAAGAUCGGGGGUAGUUUAGGUAGAAAUGAUUGUGCGGCCAUUACACAAGCAAGAAUAAUGUGGGCUGGGAAGAACAUAAUUUCAUUAUUGAGUUUGCGGAACAAGAAAAAAACGAAGAAUAGGAUCGGUUAGGAGUUAUUGUUUUCCUAUCAAGUACAAUUUAUGAAAAAUCACUUCAUAAAUUGAUUGAAGUGAUACACUAUACACUAGUUCGAGUGAUUCAAACAGAGCAUGAUCAUACUAUAAACGCAGCAUGGGAGAAGGAGCAGCAGUGUGUGUGUGCCUUUUGUUACGCAUCUGUUCUGGAUACACUUUGAUGAAUAAUUUGGGAUUUCUUUUUAUAUAAAAUAACACUGGAAGUACGUAAAAAGCAAAAAAAACUGCAAAUACGUAUGAGUGGGAAGUAAAUCCUUAUAAAAAUCAAAUUGAUAAACGAGUGUGUGCAAAACGAUCGAAAUGCUCAGAGUGUAUAGCUAUGGUUUAUGAGGGAAUGUAAACACACAGACCAAUCAAUAAUCAUCACACGAAUCUCAAAACAGUCAAAAGAUGCGUAGAGCACCAUGUAUGUAGAUGCAGUUUGGUUUUAUAACACACAUACACGUGAAAGAAGCUGUCAAUCAGGUCAUGUACAAGCAUACUUAAAAUGGUUGCUUCAGUAGUUGUCAAAUAGGCCCCGGCAAAUACCGUCGUCGACGUAUACCACCGCCCGCCAUCCCGGGUGCAACGCUCUAGCCCUCGCUCUCUCUUUCUUUUUGGCGGUUAAUAAUAGCAACCGAUUAAGGGUUGGAGGAGGGUAUCCCAUAUGUAUCCUUGCAUUAAAUAAAUAAUCUAGCCUCGGAAAGGGGUUGCCGCAACCAGCAAGCAAAACCAGAUAGUGAUCCCUAGUCCCUGCAACGCACAUGCAUACCUGCGUCUCCCCCAAGAGCGUAAGCGAAAAGCCACGGCAGCCGGCUCCACUUCGGUCCACUUCCUGAGAAGGAGUGGGUGGUGUUAAGGGGGAGGGUGUGAUGAAACCCAUUUCAUUUGUGGGUUUUGUAGCGAGAGAGUAGCAAGAGAGAAAGGUUCUAGUAGGUGGUCUAUUUGUUUCAUUGUUUAUGUAUGUUUCUUUUUUCGUGCGUGCGUCGCGAGCGGCGCCCCAUGUGUGUUGGUUGUGUUGAACAUAUGAUGAUGAAAGAGUGUAUCGGAUUAUCAUGCAAAGACCCCGGAAGAAAGCGAGAGAAGGAAAGAGAGAGGGUGCAUUAGCAUAGUGAAGAGGGUUUAAAACUAAUAACCGCUAUCGCUAAUGCAAACGCUUUAGUCUUGUUUAUUUAUGCCUUACUCUAAACAACACACACACACGCGCGGGUGCGUGCGCUACCCCAAACGCGGCUCACGCAACAGUGAGAUGAAUUAUUUGUUUUAGUUUUUUUUUGUUUUUUUUUUUUCUGCAAUUCGUUCUGUUACUUGUUUUUCUCUUGGAUUUAAGCGCAUUAGGAAGAGGAGCGAGAGAGAAAGCCCGAAACAACUUAUCAUUAUUUACUUUAUUAAUUAUUACUAUUAUCUUUAUUGGUAUUUCUUAAAUACGAUAUGAUUGCUACAAUUAGUAACUGGUAACGUUAAACACACACACACCAACCCCCUAUUGAGAUACUUUUUAUUGCAAUUCUUUGUUAAUUUGUUGAUAGUCGAUAAUCGAUCGCGCGCGUGAUGAUGGGGGGGGGGAUAGUUUUCGGGUCUGGGAAAUCAACGAGAGAAAGUGUGCGUGCGUGCGUGUGUCCCCCGUCAGAGAAAGGGGGGCUAAGGGCAUUGCCCAAUAAGAGCGGAAUUCUGCUAAGCGUAAGCGUUGGAAGCGAUUGUGAGCGAUAAAACCUGAAAGCAGAAAGAUCGAAGCAGAAGAAAGCGCAGGGUGUUCCAAAAAACAUUUAAAAAAAAACAUUGUUACUCAAAAGCGCUGUGUGUUUAAACUGAAGCUAAUUGUUGCUUCGCGCUUAUCGUGGAGUGUGGAUGAACCUCAACCGAUAUUGAACGAGAUACACACACACACACACACACACUACAAUCCAGAGGAAAGAGACACGCAUUGCAUAUAUAUCUAUAUUCUCUCUGUUCGUUAUACCUGUAUAUAAUCAAAGCAGAUGAUUAAGGUUGAGAUGAGCAGCCCCAGAAGGAGCAGUUGCAGCUGCAGCUGCAAGUUCUGCCAAAACCGUCUGGACCAUUUGCUAGUGGUCGAAAAAAAUAAUAAUGAAGAAACAAACAAAACAGCACUAGUUAAUAGCAAGAAGAAAAAAAAACAACAACCUUGGUUUAGUUUAUAAAGACAGCAGACACACACUCGCCGGAGAGUAGUGCGUGCUGCUCGGUGACUAGUUGUAGGGCGGACGGAUUGAAUUUUGUUUUUGAAUUGCAAAGAAAUUUGUCUAAGUUUAGCUGGAAGGAAAAACAUGCGCUACCGAAAAGUUAGGAAAUGCUUUCGAGCAGAUUAAAGAGCGAGAAAGGAAGGAAGGAGAAGCAAGCUACUGCCGUCAAUACUGCAAACAUACACAGAAUUACACGAUACACACACGCGCACACCAUUCGGGGGUGUGUGGCAUAUAGGGCAUAGUUUUAUAGGCUGAGCAAUGUGUGUGUGUGUGUGUGUGUGUGUGUGUGUGUGUGUGUGUGUGUGUGUGUGUGUGUGUGUGUGUGUGUGUGUGUGUGUGUGUGUGUGAGCCAGGGUAUACCGGGGAGAUGGUAGUGUUUUGGAUCAACUAAGCUAGUGAUGCAUCUAAAUUGAUAAGACUAAGAGAGAAGGGAAGCGCAGUACGGAAACCGAGGAAAUUCCUUUUAGAAACACACACACACACACACACACACACAAACACAUCCACUGAUCUUACCAUCCCUAUUAGCAUGCGAUAGAAUCGUUACAUUUUUACCACAAGAGCGCAAACAUGUGGAAAUCAUCAAUGCUUUACAAUAAUAGAAUCGUCAUCGAAUGCUGCCGGCUACAUUUUAUGCUCUGUGCUGUGCUUUAGCGAUAGGGAGGAGGGAGCGUGCAGUGAGCGACCGCUAUUGUGAUGAAGAGCUAGUUUUUAUCUGGAUCUUUUUAACAACUGAUCGAUUGAUUGGAUCCCAUGCGUGACAUGAUUCGAGUUGUUUUUUUUUAUUGUAAUUCAUACAUCCAGUCAUCAAUCCAGUUGCGAAUUGAUCUCACGUUGCUCCACGCCUAGGGAGUAAAAAUCACAGUUUGCACCUGCUUCAAGAGAGCAGCAGCACUACUGCGAGAGGAGGAAAGUAGACGUUGGGAAGCUUAAUCUGCUAACAACCACUUCAUUUGUGUUCUGAUAUUGUUUUAUCCAUUUCCCUGCUAUUUUCUAAUUAUUGUUUGCUUACAUUCCUUAUUCUUUGUUCUCUCGCUAAUGAAGCAGCUUAUAAGCACAGUGCCCUUCUUUGAUUAAAUACUCCUAUAUGAACUUCUUUAGAGCAUCAUGCAUACUAUCUUAAUAUUGAGAAUUCAUCUCACGCAGAUCAAAGUAUCACAGUUAAAUCAUCUUUCGAAGUUUUGAAGCAGAUCGAAAGGAUUUAAGCGUCCCCACUGUUGCCUCAAGACUCCAAUGGUAGUGUAGCAGUAGUGCUGUUGCCUUAAUCGAUUCCCGAACUCCCGAAGAGUAGCAUACAGAUACAUACAGAUUCGCAGGGCUACUAAGCACAUAAUAAUGCAUUCGGAACCAUGCAUUGCGUUGCGUCUUUCAACCCGGUUCAAAUAAAAAACUAAACUAAAACGCACAUCAGGUUUAGUUUUAUAUCGCUCUAUCGUUUUGCUGCUGCGGUUUAGAUACACUAGCUUUUAAGCAAACCAAAUAUGGAUUUCAUCGUACCUUCGUUUCAUUGGAUGGGGUCGUAUGUGCGUCCAUAGACGCGAAUUGUUUUGUGCGCACACACACCGGCUCUUGUGGUAAAGCGCAUGCAUAACACGGUAGCAUUCUAAGACGAGAUUUCGAUCAGGACACAGGAGCAAGAGCUUUCGUUAGACACACUGUGUGCGCCUUCCACAACACAAACACACACACUACACUACACUACGCACUAUAAAAAUAUGUUCUUUUUUAUGUUUUUUUUUUCGAUUUGUUUCUGAUCCGUAAUAAAGAUAUGUUGAUGAUGAGCAUGAAACCACGAAGCUGGCGGAAGCGAAACUUCGAUUGAGCGCGUGUUCGUUUUAUCCGGUUCGAAAGAGAGAUGCUUUUUGUUUGGUUCUUUUGUCACUGUAGUAGUUUUUGUAUACUGUUGGGGUUUGUUUGUUUUUUUUUUGGAGCGAAUAGUAAUGCCUUACAGCCUUAUGCUUUUCUGAUUUUGCGUGAGAACAUUUCGGUUAUCUUCUCUCAGUAGCUGUCCCGCGAUCCCGCGAUCCUAAAAACAAUCACACACACACACACCCAUACACACCGAACGAUUACAGCCGGUUACGUUUGUCUUAUCUAUUGGUAGUUAAAGCUUUAGUAUAAAGAGAAAGGAGGAGCAAAUGUGCAGGAAGAAGGAUACCAUAGAGGGGGGAUGUGUUUACGUUCGAUUGUUGUGGUGUGGGCGUGUUGAGGUAGUGUACCGCAGAAAGCAGAAGAUUUAGAUAGUAUGCCAAUGCUCUCCGUCUCCGGCGACGGGCGGGUUCGCAUGAAGACACCUUUUAGAGACUGCAAAACACUUACAGACGACACACACACACACACGCGUACAGAGCUGGAGUCAGACGUUCGAUGCUGUAAUAGCUAGUGAUUUCUUGACUAUUGUUUGUUUCCCCUUGGAGAACCCCUAAAUCAAAGCCGCCACUCGCAUUGAUCGACGAAUGCAAAAAAAAAAGAAGAAACGAUACCAGUAGUUUGGUUACACACGAAAUGAUGAGAUGUACGCGAGGGAGGAAAAAUAGUAACGGAAGACAAAAAACUAUUAUAUACAACUGUAGGUUAGCUUUGUAAUAGAAUUGUCGGAGCACACACACACACACACAUACUACAAACACACAAAGCUCUCCCAGCUGUGUGUCCGGGAAAGAAUGCGAAAGGAAUGGGGGAGAAGCAAACGUAAGCGAGAUGUGUGCAACACAGCAACAAACUAGAAUGUCGUUCUUGUGUUUGAUAAAACGAUAAUGCAAAAAAGUGUUAUGAAAAGUCAUACCGAGACAAAGGUUAUGCAUAGGCGCAAGGUAUAAUAUAUGUUGUUGCUGUGUGUAAUAACUGCAAGCGAGCUGUGCAAGCGCCACCCACCCGGGCAGAGGCCGAAAAGAGGGAGGGAGGGGGUGGGGGAAUGUGUGUGGUACGGUGUAACUAAAGAAUACUUAGAUUUAAACGCGGAAGAGAUACAAUAUCGAAGGUAGUAUAGCAGAGCAGAGAGAAAGAUGUAUGGAUUAUAUAUAUAUAUACAUAAAAAAUAUAUAAAUGUAAGGGAAAAAAGUAUAUACAUUAUAUAUAUACAUUACUAUAUACACAACUCUAAUGAUAAAACAAAAACAAAAAACAAUGAUUAAAACGUAAGGCACACAUCGUUGAUAGAAAAGUAACAACAACAAAAAAAAAAGUAAGAGAAAAGGACAUGUUACUACAUACGAAGUAAAACAAAACAACAACAAAAGAAAGAACACAAACAAACACAAAAACCUUACCAUUGCAGGGUUUCUUAUACGCGCGGAAUGAUGAUACAACGCGAUGACAGAGGAAGAAGGCAGAGGGAAGAAGUCUGGCAAAGACUGAAACGCACGCCGCUACCGUUGGGGGGGGGGGGGAGGCAGGGAGAACGCGGGCAAUCGAUAAGAAGAAGAGGAACACGUACACAUAAUACACACGAAUAUCCUUUCAUCCUUUUUGCGAACAAAAGGGGUAAGAUACAUGAAAAAUUGCUGCCACACAACAAAUACACACACUAGUUCGGUAGUCGGUAAUGGUGAUAAAGUUACUGUUUGAGAAGGAGAAGUGUGGAAUGUUAAGAGAGGGGUGGGUAGAGAAAAGUUGAAAAUAAGAGUGGAAAAUCUAUGAAAAAAACACAAAAAUGUGGUAGUAAGAUGUAGUAGGUUAAAUAAAAAAAGGAAAUGAAUUGAAGAAUACCAACAAACAACGCAAAAACCACACACACAACAGAGAGAUUACAAAAAAAGAAGGGAUAAAACAAAAUAGAAACAAAGCGAAAACAAUGAAUGAUAAUAUAAACCAUUAAAAAAGGAAUACACAAACACACAUACAUUGGCUAGAAAGACUGCAGUAAAAAAAAAAGAAAACAAAUAGAUAACCACGCUCAAACAGCGGAGGAGGAGCAAAUCACGCCAAGAAGCGUCGUUCGGGUAAACAGCUCCCCAAGUCAUGCGAGUGUAGUGAACGCCAGACAGAGCCGCGGCGGAACCAAAAACAUGUGUUUAAACUAAUGUGUAGCUUAAAAAUCAAAAAAGUAUCUAGGAAGCGCGUAUUAAUAGUAGCCGCACCACACGUUCGACGUCGCCAAAAACAACAACACACUCACACAUCUGAAAAAACGUUGGCUGAGCCCCACACAUCUACAAACAACAGUUUCCACCCCUCUACCCACAACACAACAAACCUACUAGCAUCUCUCCCAAGGAAAGCGAGAUUUGACCAAGGAAAGUGGAAAAGCAAGAGCACACACCACCACAUUAAGAAUGUGAGAAAUGCCAGGGAACAGAAAGGUGUGCGUGCGUGUGUGUGUGUGUGUGUGUGUGUGUGUGUGUGUGUGUGUGCGCGUGUGUGGUGGUAGUCGUAAACACAAGGGUAAGCGAAUUUGAAAUGUUGAUAAUACUUACUACACACACUAGUUGCUCUAGAAUAUUGAAAACUGUGUAAAACAAAAUACAGAAUUGGUUGGAGCAUACCGGAUGAGCACGAGCGCGCGCGUGAUGAUAAGGAAAAAUACAAAAAAAGAAACUAAAGAAAAUAUGUGAGGAAAUAACAAACAAUUGUUGUAAAAUAAGAUACAAAAUGGAGAAGAGCGAAAGAAAAGAGAGAAGGAGAGAGAGCUGUUACACACAUACGGGCGAAAAACCGUGCGUCGUUACUAGAAGAUAUGAAAAAUAUGGAACAGUGAGAAUUGGUGGGGAGAGAAAAGUGCAGCAAGUGAAGGAGAAAAUACGAAAAGUUAUAAAGAAAACAAAUGGUAAGGGUGUAAAGAAGAAAAAAAAAAGCCGUACUACAGCAAACACACGAUAAUACAAUGAUGAUGAUGAAGUAUAGAAAAUAAAAAAAGAGUAAAAAACGAAACU